CUGCACACUGCCCAAGGCGCGAAAGAGGAGAAAUCGCUGCUGGAAAAUCUGAAAGAGAGGCUCUCCUUCAAGACCGACAUCCCCGAAUCGUCGCCUCCGGAAAGCAAGAAGUGAAUCGCGAGCACGGUGAUCGCGAGCACGAAGCAAUACUUUGUCCCGUGUCCAGCUACCCAGUGUCACGAGUGCUGAAAAGACAGCCCACAACGCGUGACCAUCAUGAAGGCGAGUUACGCCUGCGUUCAUUGUGGCGAGAUGCAGCAGCAGCUGUACAAGAGCUACGGUCCCGACCUGCUAAAGUUGUCCCGAUGCUCCCGUUGCAAUCAUGUGGUUGACGAGUACAUUGAGAUGGAGUUCUCGAUCGUCCUGAUUGACGCGGUGUUGCAAAAGUUGGAGGCAUACAGGCACAUCAUCUUCAACGUUGGAAUGGCGAGGCCUUGGAAGAUUGCCUUGCUCUUCCUGCUCGGCGAAGCCCUGGAGCUCUGGAUGUCAAGGCAACAGACGCACAAGGCUGGUUACGACUUGGAGUGGCACUUCUAUAUCAUCUGCCUAUUCCUCAUUGCUAGUAAUGCAGUCUUUAUUGCAAUGGUCAUCUUGCUCACAAGUCUGUGUACACGCUGCCUUUGUGAUAGGGCACUGUUGGCACGAGCCGCAAUACUGGGCAGCUAUGGGAAGCUGCUUGCACUCCCCGCCAACCUGUGGGGGUGCGACCGCUAUCAGUCACAGCUCUUCCUCGCAACCUUCUUCCUGUUCUCCCAGGUGCAAGCCUGUAGAGCCGUUACUGGAAUGGGACGCCUGCAGACAGCGGUCAUCGUGUUUGCCUCCUACAGUUUUCAGCGGACCUUGAACAUCUGGAUGUCACCCUUCCUGUGGCCAUGAACAGUAGCCGACCAGCCCUUCAAUGUCUCUCCGAAGGCGUCUUCAAGUGGAGUUACCAUUGAAGCACGCGGAGCCACUCAGUGAUUGAUGAAGUAGACCGGGAGUGUUCCUUUCAGAUGCAUUGUUGACCUGUCAAGAAUUUUAGUGACUAGCAUAUCAUUUCAAAUAUAGUGGACUGUUAACUUACAA